AUGACAGAUCCUUAUCCACUCCCACUCCUCUUGUUGCACCAUGUCGUAGCCAAAGAGACCUCUAACCACCAUCAUGGCUCCAAGAUUAUCAAUGCUCCCGGGUUAGUGACAAAAGGAUAUACUCAAAUAGAGGGUCUCGAUUAUACAGAGACAUUUGCUCCAGUUGCAAAACUUGUCACUGUCAAAUGUUUGCUUUCCAUUGCUGCUGUUCGUGGCUGGUCCCUUCACCAACUAGAUGUGCAAAAUGCUUUCCUCCAUAGUGAUUUGGAUAAGGAAGUUUAUAUGCUGCCUCUUCAUGGAAAUGAUGACAAAGCCAUACAAGACCUUAAAAAGUUCCUUCACACCAAUUUUCAAAUCAAGGACUUAGGAAAUCUCAAGUAUUUUCUUGGAGUGGAAGUUGCCCGUUCAAAGAAAGGCGUUUCCAUUUCUCAACGAAAAUACACAAUAGAUAUUCUUGAAGAUGUCAGGCUACUUGGUGCAAAACUUGUCAACUUUCCAAUGGAACAGAACUUGAAAUUGACUCCAACUGACGGUGAAUUGCUCAAGGAUCCUUCACAAUAUAGGCGACUUGUUGGGCAUCUUAUAUACCUUACCAUCACAAGGCCAGACAUUACCUACUCAGUGCACAUUCUUAGUCAAUUUAUGUAG